AUGCCGACGCCGGCGACUGCGCUGCUGCUGUUCCUCGCGGCGGCGGCGGCGUUCCGCGGCGCGACGGCGAAGACGACGAUCGAGCCGUGCUCUGGCGCGGACGCGUGCCCGGCUCUGCUGGGCUACACGCUCUACGCGGACAUGAAGGUUUCCGAGGUGGCGGCGCUCUUCGCCGCCGACCCGGCAGCGAUGCUGGCUGCCAACGCGCUCGACUUCACCUCUCCAGGCGCCGCCAACCGCAUCGUCCCCAAGGGGACGCCCCUCCGCGUGCCCACCCGCUGCGCCUGCGCCGACGGCGUCCGCAAGUCCGUCGCCGUCCUCUACGCCGUGCGGCCUUCCGACACGCUCGGCUCCAUCGCCGAGGUCGUCUUCGCCGGCCUCCCCUCCGCCGACCAGAUCCGCACCGCCAACGGGCUCGCCGCCGAGGACCCCGACGCGCUGCUCAACCCGGGACAGAAGCUCGUCAUCCCGCUCCCCUGCGUCUGCUUCAACUCCACCGACAACAACCUCCCCGCUGUGUACCUCUCCUAUGUCGUGCAGGUUGGGGACACCGUGGAAUCCAUCGCCGCGAGCCACACAACCACCGUCACUGAUAUCAGCAAUGUGAACGCCAUGGGGAGCCCCAUUGUCGCACCAGGCGACAUCCUUGCCAUACCAUUGCCUGCUUGCGCCUCAGCAUUUCCUAACUCUGCUUCGGACUAUGGAUUGCUUGUGGCAAAUGGAACCUAUGCACUGACUGCUGGGAACUGUGUGGAGUGCAGUUGCGGGCCAGCAGAUCUCAAUUUAUAUUGCACAUCGGCUUCACUGACAGCAUCAUGUUCAAGUAUGCAAUGCUCUAAUAGCAGCCUAAUUCUUGGUAAUGUGACCGCACAACCCACCACUGGUGGCUGCGGUGUCUCGUCUUGCAACUAUGCUGGCUAUGUCAAUGGAACCAUCACAACAUCGCUAUCCUCAGGUCUUCAACCCAUGUGUCCAGGACCACAUCAGUUCCCCCCACUCACGGCGGUGCCAACUGUGGCAAACCAUGGGUCUUAUUCUCCAUCACCUGCACCAGGACCUGGAGACACUGGUGGUGCCAUCCCAGGAGGUUCCAGCCUUUCUCCUUCAAAUGGGCCUGCUGGGAACGCCUCGCAAGCGCCUGCGAUAAAUCAACCUUGCCGUUUCCUCCUCAUUUUCAUUCUUUCUCUGACAUUGUCCUUGCGGAUGUGGAUUCCUGUGUAG